CGGCCGCCGUUAUAAAGGCCACGAGACACUAGCCAGCGCUGGUAACUGCUGGAAGAAACGUUGAUAUGGAUUCUAUUAAGAAGACGCUGCCAAAGACAUAUAUUCGCAAACAUGUUCUGCAAGAGGUCGAGCUUGCCUUGACUCAUUUUAAGGAUCUCAAACCUGCCAUGGAGGAUUAUGUAUAUAAUGACGGGAAGAAAAAGAACCUGCUCAAUCUCAAGGGAAUCAUUCCUGUCACCUACAAAGAAACCACCUACAACAUCCCAAUAUGUGUGUGGCUGGAGGAGAAUUACCCCCAAUCGGCCCCCAUCUGCUACGUUAAACCCACACAUAACAUGAUGAUUGUAAAGCAAGACUUCAUCACUAGCAACGGCGAGGUCAUGCUGCCGUACCUGGAGGAGUGGAAACAGGGUGAGUGUGACCUGGUGAGUCUGCUGCAGGUGAUGGUGAUCACGUUUGAAGACAGCCCUCCUGUAUGUAUGCGGCCACCUCCACUUCCAGAGUCGUCCUGUUGGUGGCAGUUCCUUAAAGCACAGAUUUACUCCAAGAGCGAUGGAACAUUUUGUUUGAGUUUAGCGAAUGAAGACAGUCGUCCGCAUCUGCAGGACAAAGAAACCAACUGUUAGUUUACUGAUGUAUGUAGCUUUCUAUUGUUUGUGCAGCUAGUUCAGUUUCUCAGAUUAUAUGUCUUUGAGUUUUGUUCCUAUUAAAAAGGAUGAUUGUAAUUGUAAUAUUUGUUUAUAUUUGAUUCAAUAAAAAUGUAUGACUUGAGUACUAUGUUAAUUUUCAUUCGGUUUUAUUGUUUAAAUGAAUGUAAAAACUUAACUGCGCACUAUUGUUCAACUCAUAAAUCACGGUUGAACUACAGUUAUAAUCUGUAAUAACAGAUUAAUAGUAAAUACUGAAAAGAAAUAAGU